GUGGAAUUCUUAGGAGAAAACACUUGUCUUUUGAAAGCUGUUGUUGGGAAUUUCUGUGAGUGAGGAAUAUUCAUUGUUCCCAUUUAUUUUGUUGACUUCUACUCUGUUCCCUACUAUUUAUGUUUGCGACGUCGCCUGGAUCAUUCUGCCGCCGGUCCAGAAGCCAUCCGAUUGGACCCUGACGAUCAAACCAGAGCCAUCAAAAUCAAUAAAGAGAGCGCGCCCGCCGCCGCGAAUGGGAUUGUUUACUUGCAACCAGCCAGUAAUUAUUGAUUAAUUACAGGCCCAACCAAUAACCAGAUCUGUUCUCAUUUCCAACUCUCCCUUUUGUACUGUACGCAUCUUCGAGUCAAGCAACACAACACAACCAACAUUCGCAGGAUUCAGCUGGAUCCCAUUCACCCGCACGCACAGAUACAGAUCCGGAAUCCUAUUCUUACGCACAGCCUCACGUCCGCGUGCAGCGCAACGCAGCGCCUGGACUCCUUCCCAGACACCCCGCGCCAACCCAACAGCACGACACGACCACAACUCUAUUUACGACCUAACGACUUCUCACGACCUCUUUUUCUGUCCUCUUCUCUUUUACCUACCUAUCUACAAAUCUAUCAACAUCUUCAAACCCUCACCCGACCCGACUUCUACAAAUACCCAAGAGUACAGUACGAUCCCGCCGCCCUCCUCCCAUACACCACCCGACUCGUCUCGGAAGCACAGCACCCACCUCAAACCCACCCGCGAACAUCACACACGCACCGCACAAGUCGCAUGUGCAGUGCAUAUAGACACAGACACAGGCACAGGCAGGCAGCCCAGUAUGUGGAAGAGGCUGAACAAUCCCAAGGGGGCGCGACAGCAGCAGCAGCAGCAUGCGGUUGUGGAGGACCCAGCUGCUGUGCUGGAGAAAUCGUAUGCUGGUUCUGGGGAUGAUUUGGGUUUAUUGGGACGGAGAGGAGAGGUGAAUGAGGGAGGGUAUGGUGGGGAUAUGGGAGGUUAUGGGAAUAGUGGGAGGUUGGAACGGCCGAGGAGGGAGGGGGAUGAGAUGGGGAUGGGGAUGGGGCCGAAGGUGUUGCCGAGGUUGCCUUUUGAAGCAGUUCCGCCACAAUCCAACCAAGACUCGAGAUUUCGUCCAGCGUCCUCAAUAUACUCACAGCCGUCGCCGAAUCCAAUUAAUACCCGGUUCACUCAGAACUCGUAUCAGAGUACUUCUUACACUGAAAAGGAGGAGGUCUCCCCACAAAGUUCUCCUGAGCUGGGUCCUGCGAAGAAUAGGAGUCAAUCACAGGAAGACGACGGGGUCUCGCCUAUUGAUGAAAUGCCCGACGUUUCCCAUCUCAAUCUGCGUCCAUCAUCGGGUUCGAAACCUCCCUCGAGUAACAUUCCGAUCCUCCGACGAGAGAAGCGCAAUCAGGUAGCUGCAGCGGCUGCGAAUCUGGUUAAUCGAAAGCAAGUUGGGGAGAACCCAAGAGGUCGAGUCGCGCAUGAUCCAAGAUGGGAUCCUUAUUCUGGGGAGAUCACAACAAGUGACAAGGGCAAGCCACAAUCCGUUAAACCAGGAACAUUCUCACCACCUGGACUUCGUUCUGUCCACAAGGAGACAGGACUCGUACUGGGAAAUGAAUCGAGCAUUACGACUGCAGGCCCAAAAGCUCACACCUCAUUUAGCGAUCGUGUUCGCAGACUGAAAAGCAAUCAUAGCGCACCAGUCGAACGACCAGAAUGGAAAGGGGCAACUGGCCGAGUUACGCUGGUAUCUCCAGUGCAUGAUCAGUUGGACAUGCCUCCUAUUAGUAUCCCGCGAAAAAGCAGCAAGCGUGUCGCUUCGCCUCACUCGGAAUCUUUUUCUGGAGGGAGUAGCCCAGUAACAAUCGUCCGAAAUAGCGAUGGUGAAACGAGCCCUGCAUCACCAGCCUACCCCUCACCAAACAUCCACACUGUCCUCUCUGAAAAAAGCAGUCCUCGCAUCGCAAAUCCUCAGUCCCCUAUUACCGUCAAUCCGGAUCCGGAUGUCGUGUCACAAUCAGCUGCAACCAAAACCCUGGCGCGGAAUGCUGCCCCAAGCGAGUCGCAUGACCAUACAAAUACCUGGGAGCGAGACGACGGCACCAUGGCGAACAUCGAGCGCAAUUUCCGCGAACAGUUACAGAAAGUCUCGACGCCUAUCACGGAAGAGCCUGAACCGGAAUAUAUCCAGCCGGCCUCCCGCUUCAGCGUAACGACCUACGCACCAUCCACAGCACACAAUACCCCUCGUCCAUCAACCGACACCUUCGACAACCACCCAAUGCCCGACCCUUCCUCAAUCCUCAACCGCCAGCGCCCUCGCCCAAGCGACUCCCCAGAAUCAACCAAAAGCACCGUAACCCGCAAAGCGGUCGCCGCCCCGGCGCCCGCCUCCCCAGUCUUCAUCUCCAUGACCACCAUCCCAUCCAACCUCCCCGCUUCCAAGCGCUCCUCCAACAUCGCCAAAAACCUGCCCAUGUCACCGGCCGAGGCGUCCUCCCACGACCUGAUCACCUCUUUACAAGCGCAGCUGGAGAAUCUCGCGCACAGACGCACGAAUAUCAGUAAGAGUAUCCGGCAGAUGACGGAGCUGAUGCCGAAGGAUGGGGUGUUGAUCACGGAGGAGGUGAGGAGGAAGAGGGAGAAUGAGAAGUUGAAGGUGGAGAGGCUGAGGGAGGAGGAGAGGGAUGUGAGGAGGGAGGAGCAUGAGGUUGGGUUGAGGCUGCAUAGGGCGUGGAAGAGGAGGGAUAAGGAGGCGGUUUUUGAGCCGACGGGGUUGUGGGUUAGGAGGGUGACGGGGUGAGCUG